AUGGCGGCUCCCGCGGGGCUGGCCAAAGCGGCCGCGGGGAAACUGUCCGAAGCGGUGGGCGAGCGCACCCGGCGCCUGGGCUCGGCGCUGCAGGAGACACACCGGCAACGCCGGCUGAUCCUCGUCAUCGUCUGCGUGGCGCUCUUUCUGGACAACAUGCUCUACAUGGUCAUCGUACCCAUCGUGCCCGUCUACAUCGCUGGCAUGCACAAGGGGAGCGAAGAGGACCUGCCGGACCACCACCGCCAGCUGCUGCCCACGGGCAACGCCAGCGAGCCCGCCAACGCCACCAGCGCCCCGACGCCUCCGCCGAAGUCCAGCCUCAAGCCCACUUACCCGACAGAGAGCGAGGACAUGAAGAUUGGCGUGCUAUUCGCCUCCAAGGCGAUCCUGCAGCUGCUGGUGAACCCCCUGAGCGGGCCCUUCAUAGACCGUGUGGGCUACGACGCGCCCCUGCUCAUCGGCCUGGGCGUCAUGUUCGCGUCUACAGUCAUGUUUGCCUUCGCAGAGGACUACGCUACCCUGUUCGCCGCUCGCAGCCUGCAAGGGCUCGGUUCGGCCUUUGCAGACACGUCGAGCAUUGCCAUGAUUGCGGACAAAUACCCGGAGGAACCCGAACGCAGCCGGGCCCUGGGCGUGGCCCUCGCCUUCAUCAGUUUCGGCAGCUUAGUAGCGCCCCCCUUCGGCGGCAUCCUUUACCAGUUCGCAGGGAAGAGGUACCCUUUCCUGGUUCUGGCUGUGGUCUCGCUGCUGGACGGGUUCCUCCUCAUGCUGGUGGCCAAGCCUUUCUCCUUCAAGGCGCGGGAAAACUUGCCUGUGGGCACGCCCAUCCACCGGCUCAUGCUGGACCCUUACAUCGCCGUGGUGGCCGGGGCGCUGACUACCUGCAACAUUCCUCUGGCUUUUCUGGAGCCUACCAUCGCCAACUGGAUGAAGGAGAGCAUGGGGGCAUCAGAGUGGGAGAUGGGACUCACCUGGCUCCCAGCCUUCUUUCCGCACGUCCUGGGCGUCUAUCUCACAGUCAAGCUGGCUGCGCGCUACCCCCACCUGCAAUGGUUCUAUGGUGCCCUGGGGCUGGUGGUCAUCGGAGCCAGUUCAUGCACGGUGCCGGCCUGCCACAACUUCGGCCAGCUGGUGGUGCCCCUGUGCGGGAUCUGCUUUGGCAUCGCGCUCGUAGACACCGCGCUGCUUCCCACCCUUGCCUUCCUGGUGGAUGUGCGACACGUCUCCGUCUAUGGUAGCGUCUACGCCAUCGCAGACAUCUCCUACUCCGUAGCUUACGCCCUUGGGCCCAUUGUGGCCAGCCAGAUCGUACACACUCUCGGUUUCCCACAGCUCAACCUGGGCAUGGGCCUAGCUAACUUGCUCUACGCACCGGUCCUUCUGCUCCUUCGCAAUGUCUGCUAUAUGACGCCUUCCCGUUCCGAGCAGGACGUACUUCUGGACGAGUCACCCAAGGGCCUCUACGACACUAUCCGCCUGGAGGAGCGGUUAGGCAAAGACAAGCCUCGCCACGGCCUGCCCCCCGAAGGGGAGGCUUCCCUGGGAUGGGAGGGGGAAGGCGCCACCCAGGACCGUCCCAGGGCGUUGUCCGGGGAAGAGUCCUCGGACUACGACUACGAGUACAAUUAA